AUUCUUUUCCUCCAAACCCAUUCUAAUCAUAUUCAUCAAUUUCUUCUUCCAUUACCAUGGAAUCGUUCUCGUCCUUCUUCGGAUCGCAAUCGCAAUCGCCAUCGCCUUCUCGUGGCAGCAGCUGGACUUAUGAUUCUCUCAAGAAUUUCCGUCAAAUUUCUCCUGUAGUUCAAACUCAUCUCAAACAGGUUUAUCUGUCGCUAUGUUGUGCUCUUGUAGCAUCUGCAAUCGGAGCUUAUCUUCACAUUUUAUGGAACAUCGGAGGUCUCUUGACCACCUUUGCAACCUUGGGAUGCAUGUUUUGGUUACUCGCCACUCCUCCAUAUGAAGAGCAAAAGAGGGUUUCGCUUUUGAUGGCAUCUGCCCUUUUCCAAGGAGCCUCCAUUGGUCCUUUAAUCGAAUUGGCCAUUAAUUUUGAACCAAGUAUUUUGGUGAGCGCAUUCAUGGGAACUGCGAUCGCUUUUGCUUGUUUUUCAGGAGCAGCCAUGUUGGCAAGACGUAGAGAGUACCUUUACCUUGGAGGGUUUCUGUCCUCUGGCGUGUCGAUCCUCUUCUGGUUGCAUUUUGCUUCAUCCAUCUUUGGAGGUUCUGUGGCAAUGUUCCAGUUUGAGUUGUAUUUUGGUCUUCUGGUAUUUGUUGGGUACAUGGUGGUUGAUACCCAAGAGAUCAUCGAAAAGGCUCAUUUUGGAGAUCUGGAUUACGUGAAGCAUGCGCUUACCCUUUUUACCGACUUUGUUGCCGUCUUUGUUCGCAUCCUUAUCAUAAUGUUGAAGAACUCGGCCGAAAAGGAAGAGAGGAAGAAAAGGAGGAGGGAUUAGGAAGACAUUUGACAAAAAUAAAUUGAAUGUAUGAUAAAUAUCAUAUACAUUUACAGUUGUUGGUACAUACAUAACAUUAAAUGUGGUUUUGGACUAAUUUUUGUUUGGAUAUGAAAACAACUACAAUUUGUGUGCAUGUUUUGUUCUGC